CAUUCAAUUUGAAUGAAAAUUUAUUGCUCAAACAACAACAAUGAAAUUGAACUACCACCGAAACAACAAUGGCAAUGGUCAUUGGAAUUCUGGAAUGAUCGUCAUGAUGAUGGUAUCAUCAACAUCAUUAUUAUUAUUAUUAUGGUUAUGGUUAUUAUCAACAACAGCAGAAUGUCGACUAGUUUCAGUUAAUCCUAAAUAUCCAUUUUUGGAACCAACCGGAAUCAUAUCCGGCGGACCAUCAUUAUGGCCAGAACCAAAACGUUAUUUAAUAGAUAAAAAUCAUUCACCAUAUCUAGUUGGAUUACCAAUCAAUUUUCAAUUGAUUAAUAAUCAAAAUCAUAAAAAACAAUGUGAUAUUAUUCAAUAUAAUUUCAAUAAAUAUCGUUAUUUAAUCAAUAAAAUGAUCGAAAUCAAUACAAAUCAAAACUGUAAUCAAACAACAGAAAUGAAAUUUUUAUCCAGGAUUGAAAUCCAUAUUGAUCAAAUUGAUUGCCAACUAUUUCCCGAAUUUGUUGAUAAUGAAAAUUCUGAAAAUGAAAGUUAUCAGAUUCAAAUAAACCCAAUGGAUGGAAUCGGUCAAAUUAUAUCGAAAACCGUAUGGGGAAUGGUCAGAGCAAUGGAAACAUUUAGUCAACUGAUCUAUGUGGAUUCUAAUCAUCCGAAUUGUUCAAGGAUGAUAAUCGAUGUGAUUCAAGUUUGGGAUCGACCAAGAUUUCGUUAUCGUUCAAUAAUGAUUGAUACGGCACGGCAUUAUCUACCAUUAUGGUUAAUCAUUGAAAAUUUGGAUGCUAUGGCCCAGAAUAAAUUAAACGUACUGCAUUGGCAUAUUAAUGAUGAUCAAUCAUUUCCAUUUGAGAGUCAAGUGUUUGCAAAUAUUUCCCGGAUAGCAUCAUAUAGUGAACGUCAUGUAUAUAGUAAAAUGGAUAUUGAAAAAAUUAUUGGACAGGCAAAAAUACGUGGUAUACAAGUGAUUGUUGAAUUUAAUACACCAGCACAUUGUCAAUCAUUGGGUAAAAUUUUUCCAGGAAUAAUGUCCAGAUGUAAUAAUAAUGUAGCAGCUGCUUCAAUGGAAACAUUAACAACCAGUAAUAAGCAACCAUUAUUACAUUCAAAUAUAAUCAAUCCAAGCCAAGAAUUAACAUAUGAAAUUUUGGAAAAAAUUCUCACUGAAUUUCGACAAAUAUUUCCAUCGAAUCGUAUACAUUUAGGAAUGGACGAUAUUUCCUAUGAAUGUUGGUCAAAUGAUCAAGAUAUUCGUCAAUUUAUGGGAGCAAAUCGUAUGCAUUCAUUUGAAAAAUUAGAACAAUAUCAUUUAGAACGUAUGAUCAACAUAACUGUGGAAAAAUUACAUUCCAAACCAAUCAUAUGGCAGGAUCCAUUUGAUAAAGAUAUACCAAUUCCAUCGGCAACUAUUAUACAAGUUUGGAAAGAUUAUCGUCUAUUGGAUAAUGAUCACCAUGAUUGGAAAUUUCAUGUUGAAAAAUUAUUACAUUCAAAUUACACAGUUAUAUUGUCUGCAUGUUAUUUUUUAAAUCUUAUUCAAUAUGGCCAACAAAAAGAUUGGAAACAAAUCUAUAAUUGUGAUCCACAUGAUUUCAAUGGAUUCAAUCGAGAACAAAAACAACAAUUUGUUAUUGGUGGGGAAGCAUUAAUAUGGAGUGAAUAUAUUGAUCAAACCAAUUUUAUGUCUAGAGUUUGGCCUAGAGCAUCAGCUAUGGCCGAAAGACUUUGGAGUCAUAUUGGUGAUGAUGAUGACAAUCCAAAUUUUGAUGAUGAUAUUGUUGAACAUCGUUUAGAUCAUCAACGUUGUCGUAUGAUAGGACGUGGUAUACCAGCACAACCAAUAUCGACUGGAUUUUGUGAACAUUUCGAUAAUAUGAAUAAUGAAAAAAUUCUUGAAUUUGCGAAAGAUUUCCGUAACAAAGAUAAAAUAAAUUCAUCAAAUAUGUUUCAUCAAGAAUUUCUAUCGACGUCAACAACCAAACAACAUUCAAAUAAAAGUGAUAAAAUAAUUUUUAUCAAAACAUGGUUAUUAUUAUUGUGCCCGAUAAUACUAUUAUAUUCGCUGAUUUUAUACGGAACAUAA